AUGCCAAGGGACAACCAUUCGGGCUCACCAAUAGAGGACGAAAAGAAGUUAGACACAAUCGGGGCAAUUUUGGAGAACGUGCUGAAAAAGGACAACAACAUUCGGAGCCUCAGAACCUCGGUUUUGUUAGCCGUGAUGCAUACCGAGAGGAGGCUCCACCAGUUUAUGUUUGCUGACCAAGACUGUGAGAUGAGGGAUGUGGUUAGGUCUGGUUUGGGCUCGAGUGUAUCGGUUGGGAAUUAUUUGGAGAGGAGGGUAUCGGUUAGGCCUGAUUGGAAUAAGCUUAUGCAGGAGAGAAGGGCAUCUAAGGGUGCUAGGAUCGAGCUGUGUGCGGACGAUAGAAAAGGUCUGUUGGCAGACAUGAUGCGGACUUUUCAUGAAAACGGGCUGAGAUAUCGACAGCUUGGGAUAUAA